AUGCCACCUUCAUCGCGCACUACCUUAGACGACAUCCUGUCUGAUCAAUCGUCGGGGCCAUAUUCAUACAAUGAGUUACUGGAGUUUCUUACUCAGGGCCACUGUAUAGAAACCCUUGGUUUUAUCUCCGAUGCAAAAUCGUAUCGCAAUACCUAUAGCCUCUACUCAAUAUCCGUCGACAGUUGCGAUUUGAUUCGAGAUACUACACUGAUAGCGCAACAGUGGAAACGUUUGAUAUCUACAUACGUUUUCCCUGAAUCCCCCUGUCAGAUCCACCUCCCAGAUAAUAUUCGCGAACAGCUACUUGAACCCGGCGAUGCGAUACUCUCACCCCCAAAUCCGGAACGAUUAGAUCUAGCUAUCGACUAUGCGUACGAGGUUAUCACGGAAGAUGCUUUAGUGCCGUUUACGAGAAGCUUACGCACAGAAGACACAGAUCAAAAAUCGGUGAAGGAGCAGCCUACCCAACAUCCCAAAACUCGAUGCCGAAAGGCUUUUCGCCUCAUGUCGCUAAUCCAAGAUUAUUUCACACAAGCUGUUUGCCCUCGCAGUGAGGGGAGUGAAUCUAUGUGGGCGGUUACACCAGUCUCGGGACGUACUGUACAGUUACGAGACAAUGCACUGUAUAUUGAUGAGAGUAAGUCACGGCACUGA